CCUGUCUGGGGGAGGGGACGCGCGGAGGGCGCUCCCGCGGGGCCGGGCUGGAGAGCGCAGCGCUGGCCGCCGCCAGCCCGGCCGGAGCCGCUGCGCCCUGCUCCGCGCGCCCGGGGACGGCCGGCGCCAUGGACCGAGCCCGGGCCCUGGAGCAGCUGCUCCCCGAGCUCACGGGACUGCUCAGCCUCCUGGACCACGAGGACCUGAGCGACACUGCCCUGGAGAAGAAGAUGGCUGUGGCCUCCAUCCUGCAGAGCCUGCAGCCCCUCCCAGCCAAAGAAGUCUCCUGCCUGUAUGUGAACACAGCGGACCUCCACUCCGGGCCCAGCUUCGUGGAGUCCCUCUUUGAAGAGUUCGACUGUGACCUGAGUGACCUCCAGGACCUGCCAGAGGAUGACGGGGAGCCCUGCAAAGGAGCCAGCCCUGAGCCAGCCAAGAGCCCAUCUCUGAGACAUGCAGCCGACCUGCCUCCACCGCUUCCCAACAGGCCCCCACCUGAGGACUACUAUGAAGAGGCCCUUCCCCUGGGACCGGGCAAGUCCCCUGAGUACAUCAGCUCCCACAGUGCUGCUCCCUCUACCAACCCCACAGAUGGCUGCAGCCCAGCCCACUCCAUCAUGGACGGCUACUACGAGGAUGCAGACAGCAGCUACCCUGCGACCAGGAUGAAUGGGGAGCUAAAGAACUCCUACAACGACUCUGACGCGAUGAGCAGCUCCUACGAAUCCUACGACGAGGAGGAGGAGGAAGGGAAAGGGCCACAGCCCACGCACCAGUGGCCCUCGGAGGAGGCCUCCAUGCACCUGGUGAGGGACUGCAGGAUAUGUGCCUUCCUGCUGCGGAAAAAGCGCUUCGGGCAAUGGGCCAAGCAGCUGACCGUCAUCAAGGAGGACCAGCUCCUGUGCUACAAAAGCUCCAAGGACCGGCAGCCGCAUCUGAGGCUGGCGCUGGAUAUCUGCAGCGUCAUCUACGUGCCCAAGGACAGCCGGCACAAGAGGCAUGAGCUGCGCUUCUCCCAGGGGGCUACCGAGGUGCUGGUGCUGGCACUACAGAGCCGGGAGCAAGCUGAGGAGUGGCUCAAGGUCAUCCGAGAGGUGAGCAGGCCUGCCGGGGGCACAGAGGGGGCAGACAUGCCCAGAUCCCCAGUCCUCGUGUGCAAACUGGACCUAGACAAGAGACUGUCUCAAGAGAAGCAGACCUCAGACUCGGACAGCCUGGGCAUGGGUGAUAACUGUUCCACUCUGGGCCGCCGGGAGGCCUGCGACCACGGCAAAGGGAAGAAGAGCAGUCUGGCAGAGCUGAAGGGUUCAAUGAGCAGGGCUGCAGGCCGCAAGAUCACCCGCAUCAUCAGCUUCUCCAAGAAGAAGCCGCUGGCUGAUGGCCUACAGACAUCCUGCCCCGACCAGGAGGUCCCGUGCUGUGGCUACCUGAACGUGUUGGUGAACCAAGGCUGGAGGGAACGCUGGUGUCGUCUGAAAUGCAACACCUUGUACUUCCACAAGGACCACACAGACCUGCGGACCCAUGUGAAUGCCAUUACUCUCCAUGGCUGUGAGGUGGCCCCAGGCUUUGGGCCCAGACAUCCAUUUGCCUUCAGGAUUCUGCGCAACCGACAAGAGGUCGCCAUCUUGGAGGCAAACUGCUCAGAGGACAUGGGCCGCUGGCUUGGGCUGUUGCUGGCGGAGAUGGGCUCCAAAGUCACCCCCGAGGCGCUGCACUAUGACUACGUGGACGUGGAGACCUUAACCAGCAUCGUCAGCGCAGGGCGCAACUCCUUCCUGUAUGCAAGAUCCUGCCAGGAUCAGUGGCCUGAACCCCGUGUGUAUGAUGAUGUUCCUUAUGAAAAGAUACAGGACGAGGAGCCCAAGCGUCCCACUGGGGCCCAGGUGAAGCGCCAUGCCUCCUCCUGCAGUGAGAAGUCCCAUCGCGUGGAUCCGCAGGUCAAAGUCAAGCGCCAUGCCUCCAGUGCCAAUCAAUACAAGUACGGUAAGAACCGAGCUGAGGAAGAUGCCCGGAGGUACCUGGUAGAAAAAGAGAGGCUGGAAAAAGAGAAGGAGACAAUCCGGACAGAGCUGAUGGCACUGAGGCAGGAGAAGAGGGAGCUGAAGGAAGCCAUUCGGAACAACCCAGGAGCGAAGUUGAAGGACCUGGAGGAGGCCGUGGCCACCCUGGAAGCUGAGUGUCGGGCGAAGGAGGAGCUACGGAUUGACCUGGAGCUGCGGCUGGUGGCCGUGAAGGAACGCCUGCAGCAGUCCCUGGCGGGGGGCCCGGCCCUGGGGCUCUCUGUGAGCGGCAAGACCAAGAGUGGGGAAACUGCACAUAAAGCCCAGAACAGUGCCUCAGAGCAACCUCUCCCUGUCAACUGUAUUUCUGAGCUGAGGAAGAGAAGCCCAUCCAUCGUAACCUCUAACCAAGGAAGGGUGCUACAAAAAGCCAAGGAAUGGGAAAUGAAGAAGACCUAGAAAGAGGGUGAAGAUUUCAUUCCUAAGGAAAUACGAGAUUGCAUUGGAAACACUUUUUUCACCAGGAGAUACCAAAAGACUCGAAGUAGCCCCCACUCUCCAGGGCACCCAAAAGACCAGCGUUUAUCGUCUACAUGAUUCUAGGGGAUAUGGGGAGGGAAGAAGUAGAAGGGAAGAGGGACACGUAGAGUGUCCUUAUAACUUCACAGAGGGUGGAAAACGGGUGGAGGGAGACAGAAAUCCGCAUGGUUGCACAGGUGUUGUGAAACAUCUUUGCCCUCUCUUCCGAAGAAGGAACGAAAGCACACGUGAGUAAGUCCCAUUCUCAGCAUCCCAUUCCCAGGCUUCAGGGCAAAGGAAGACAGUGCUGAAGCCGGUGGCACAGCACAGAGACAAGACUUGAUCAACUGAUCACACUUGGGCCUACUGGAUUCAUGCUGGGCAUUGCCGACAACCACUGGACCACAUAAAUAGGCCGAACUAUCAAUAGAAUUUCCCUGCCUACGUAAAGGUGGACGAAAGCUAUAGACGACAUGCAAAUUCUGCAGUCAGCCCUUUUGUGCCUUACAACCAGGCAGAUGCAGCUACCAGAACCCCACAGUGGAGUGGUUUUCAUAUUAGAGAUCGGAGAUGCAGCAGGCAAGGGGAGGUUCAUGCAGCUGACUUGUUUUGGGCUCUUAGCGAGAGUGAUGGGAACAUUGGUUUCUAACGUCCCCAGGAUGCUGCAGGCGUUGUAGGGUGGGGCCAUUUGUGGUCAGUCAAGUCCUUUACCUACUUCCUGUGAGCAAUGGUUAGAAAUCCAAGUGAUGCUCUUUAUGUCUUUAUCCUUAUUUUGUACUUGGAGGCUCUCCCCGGUCUGCCCUUCCUUAUCUGUUUAUCAAGUAAAAUCAUCAGGGGGAAUCAGAGGACAGUGGCUCACUUCUGCCAUAGUGCCUUUUACUUACACUUGAUACUUUUAUGGGGAAGCAAGGACCUCAAGUCUGGGGCAGUCUCCUUGCUGUGCCACUCGCUACUUUCUCAACACUAUAGGCGCUAUUGAGGUCUUUGCAUUUCCUUCCAAAAACAGGUAAGACCAGUUAACUGUUAAGAGCUCCAAGUUUAGCUCAAGGAGAGAGAAGGGAAAUCCCAGAACAGCCUUUGGACACUUUGAUGGAGGUCUCACACACUUUACCCUACCUAGGGCUUUACAAACGUGUGCCUUAUCCAAACUUUACCACCCUUGGAGACAGCCAGGAGCCCGAAUAGGGAAAAUAACUCUGACCAAAAUCAUCCAGCUGGCCAGUGGCAAAGCAUAAGGCUUAGGGCUUAUGAGCCUGGAUCUACACAGGGUUGGGUUUGAGCCCUGCCUCUGCCACUGACCAGCUGGUGACUCUGGGAAAGUCACUCGCCCUCUCUGAUUCUUGUUUUCUUUACCUGUGAAACCCAGUUAAUGGUUCUAUUUUCCUCCCAAGACUAUUGGGGAGAUUCAAUGAGAUAAUACAUGGGAAGCAUUUUGCAUACUGUCUGAGAAACAAGAAAUCCUCAGUCAAUAAUGGCUUUCAUUAUUAGCUAGAUAACAAAUGUCUGACUAAAAAUUCUGCGUUCUUUCUACUGAAGAAAUGAUGUGUAUAUGGUUAUUACAGCCACCAAAAAGCUAAAAGGCAACUAACUAAUCCAUAACGGACAGUUUGCAUCCAGAUUCCACUUAAAUAUCUUCAACGAGAAAGGAGCUCACAUCAUCUGGAUUGUUAAUGUUCUUUUUUUAAAUGUGGAUCCUGGAAUGACACCAAAUACUCCAAUUACAUCCUCA